GCUUAUUCAUCGUUGAUUUUAGAAAUAAGAGACUAAGAGUUCCUAUAUGAAUUCCAGAGAUUCCUUAUCAACUGAUAGAUUAAAUAAAAAGAGAAAGCAACUUAAUGAAAUGAGCACUGGGAAAAAUAGAGGGCUCAAUAUGAGCCCUGAUAUCGAAAGAAGCAGUUUGGUGACCCAUAACAAGCUGUUUAAUGAUACUACUGCUGAAUCAUUUAAUAUACACGGCCAAUCUUCAACAAUUACCUCUCCUGUUGGGAAGAGUCGUCAGGAUGGAGAAAAUUCUCGGAUCAAAUUUCAAGCUAAAAUGAACACUAGUAGUGCAAUGAUGCUGAUGAAUAACCUCAAUUCCAUAACGCUAGAUACUUCAAAGAAGUCAGUAAAAGCUAGCCAGAGCCACAAGAAGUUUAGCUUUACCAGCAGUGUGGAAGAAACUGGUGAGCCGAUAGAUACUUCCUCAGCGACCAUCAAUCCGAAGGUAAUGGAGACCUGGCUGAAUGAUAUACUUCAGGAGUCCAAAGAUAUAGGAUUGAAGAGCUCCUUCCUAAAGCAUGAUAAGCAAAAGCCUAUCAAUCAGUAUGGAAUCGAUCGCCAGAGCUUACUAAAACUUGGGCUUAGUAAGACUCUUGUGAACCGGAUCUACAGAGGAUUAUUCGUAUAUAGUGUUGGUUUCUUUGAGUUGCUCAAAAAGUGAUCUGUUGAGUCCAGUUCCAAGAGCAACCUUAUGGCAACAAUCUGGAGAGUGUAUGCUAUCCUCCUUGAGUUCUGUUGUAAAACUGACUACGAUUUAAUGAUUUCAGAAAUUACAAGAGUAUCUAGGGAAGAAAUAUCCGAUCUCAAAGCCAAGCUUGAGAAGCUCACUACCGAUUUCUCCGAAAAAGAGGCAAAAAUAAUUGAGAAAUAUGACGAAUUACGGUCCCAAACAGAGACAGCAGAGAAGAAAACUCAGAGUUACGUAAUCCAUAUUGAAAAACUUAACGAAUAUAUUGAAGAACUUCGGAAGAGAAAUGAGGAUGAAAUCAGCAUACGGAAGCAAUUUGAAGCUAAACUGAAUGAACUACAUUCCUUCGGUCGGGACCACGAUGUCAAAUACUAUAGAGCUCUAGAAGAAAUUGAUGAGCAUAUUCAAAAGUAUCAAAUUACUGAAAAGGAGCUAAAGGAUUUAGAGCAGCAAACCCUUGUGCUUAAUAAAGAGAAAAUUGCUCUUGAAACCAAGUUGGCUGAUUUAGAGACCAAAUGUAAUACUCUCUCUAAUGAAAAUCUUGGCAUAAACAGAGCACUCAACAAAGUAAACCUGAAGAAAGCUGAGCUUGAGGAUACCAAUAAAAAGCUCAAACGAGAAUAUGCUAAUACAGUAAAGGAUCUGAAGAAUGUCAGCUUCAAGCAGAAUAUUGAUGAGAUGAAGAACCAGAAAUUAGCCGGAGAUAUCGCUGAACUCACAGAGAAAUAUGAGAAACGUAACAAAGCAGCUGAAGGCCAUGAGGCAAGGAUUGAUGAAUUAGAAGUCCAACUUGCUAAAGAAACUAAAAGCAAGCAGUAUUUUGAGAGAGAAUACAAAAGCAUAAAAAGCCAUGAGGAAGAAUAUACAGCGAAAAAUAUAGCCUUGCUAGAUGAGAUGGAUCGUAUGACAUACGAGAAUACAUCUAUAAAGGAGAAAUCUGAAGCUAUUCAGACUAGAUAUGAUCAGCAUGAGAAACAACUACAAGACCUGACCAAGAGUUACUCUGUUUUAAACCGUACACUCAAGAAAGUAAACGAGGAGAGGAAGAAGCUUUAUGAAGAUGCCGUCCGUAGUGAAAAGCUGGCUACUAAAUACGAGGCAGAGCUAGCCUCUACCAAAGAAAUACUUGAGGAAGAAAAGAUUAACUUCAAUAAAAUAAACACAAGAUUCUCAGAUAUGGAGCUGGAAUACGAAAAUACGGAGGUCUCUAAGAACAAGGCUAUCCGAGAAAUUGAGAUUGAAAAAGAAGUUAUCGAACACAAGCUGGAGAAAUCCCUCGAACUUAAGGACAAAUACAGCCGUGACAUCCAGGAUUGGGUCAAGAGGUAUGAAGAAGAAUACCAGAGUCACAUAUAAAAACUUUAAAUCUGCUGAAUAACUCCAAGGUAAAGAUCAAAGAUGUUGAAUGCGAAAAGAUGCGGCUUGUUUCAGACAUAAAAGAGUUAGACAAGAUGAAUAAGAAGCAGAUAAAAAUCUUAAAGGAAAAAGAGCAAGUCCAGAGCGACAUAUCAAAGGAAAAUGAGAAGUUGAGGAUACAUAACAGAGCUUGUGAGGAGAACAUUAAAAAUAUGGCCCAUCAUCAUAAGGAAUACAUCACUAGGCUUAAGAAGGAGCAUCGCAAGGUCAUGGCAGAGAGAGACGGUUGGUAUAACAGAACCUCCAUGGAGCAUGAAGAUGUCUAUAUGAGAGCAGUCAAGCUUUAUGAGGAGAAUAAAAAGAACCAUGGCGAAGUCAAAAUCAUGAAAAGUCAAAUCAAACUAUACAGAGAUAAGUUUAAAAAGGCCAAUGAGCAAUUGGAGGGCUAUAAAAAGAAGCACAAUCAUAUUAACACACAGCUAGAUCAAGUUUAUAGAGAAAAUGAAGCUUUGAAAGAAGAAGUUGCUUCAAAGAAUGACCAGAUUAUUGAACUUUCAGAGAAAAGACUUGAGCUUUAUUUAGAGAAAGAGGGUAUUAAAGAUGAACUCCAAACUGCAAAGGGUCGAGAAAUACUCAAGAAAUUAUCUUUAAAGAGGGAACAAAAAUCAACAACCAGCAGGAAGAAUAGUCUUGAAUCAAACACAGACAACUUUGAAGGAAACAGUAUUUUAAGCGAUCAGUUAACACCAAGAAACGAGAUGCUUGAGUCAUGAAAUAAAAAGUGCCAAACUGAUUUUACUAUUUCCAGAUCUAAAGCUGUUCAGACGUUUACUGGACAAGAGAAGUCACAAUUCUUCAGACAGAAAGAGUCACCUUCAAGGAAGAUUACUAAAAAUUUGAAGUAUCAGAAGGCAUUGUCUUCUCAAUUUAUUAAAGAAGAAAUAUCAAGAGUUAGCGAUCAGAUUACUGAAGAGAAAUUAUCCAAAGAAGAAAGAGAGUUUUUAUGGACAUCUGGGAAACAAAGAGGUAAUCCUAUCACCAAUGUGAUACUUCAAGAGAACAAUUUUAUAAAUGACCAUUCUUCUACCACAAGUAUUCUCCCAGCGCUGAAGAAGACAGCGAAUGGAGGGAAGACUUCAAGAAAUGCGAUGUUCAUGUCUCCGAGAUCUCCUGAGCAGAAAAGCUUGGAUACUUUAAAAACUAGCAAGACCCACAAGAAAUUUGCAAGGCAUGUGCUGACUUCUGCAGAGCAUACCUCUUUAAAGAAUGACCAGAGUAGGCUGAAGUCUAUUUAUGGCAAGAAGAGACUCCUCUCAAAGAAAGCAAGGAAGGAGCUGAUCAAGGGUGAAGAGAUGGUGGAGAGUUAUAAAGGAAUCAAGAAUAUGAUCAAAGGAGCAACUAGUAGAGAAUAA